CGGCCUCUCGCGUUUAGUACAGCGCUCAGCAGGAGUGUCGGACGCUCGGCUUCACAGUCGACGACUUUAGUAUUCUUCGUUUAUUUUCUUUUCUAUUCGUUUAUUUGUCACUCGGACCUCACCGCGUCAUAAACAUGGGAUGUUUCACCGUAAAUGAGUGAGUUACUGGUGUUACCGUGUUUACAAAAUUUUUAUUUUGACAGUGUCACGUUCACGUGCGGAAUCAAAUUAUUACCGGUUCCGGAGUUUUUAAGUGUUUAUUAUACGUACACGACCUUCGUUUGCUGCAGGUAGAGCCGGCAGAUCAUCAAAUAGGUGCUAAAGUGUCGGUUUCUGGUAGUACUAAUAAAGAAUUCUUGUGUCAAAAACUUUACAAGUGUUCCGAUUGUGAUUCGUGUGUAAGCGUUGUCGGAAAAAAUUUCGCACGGAUUUGUUCUAAUAAGAUUCUUCUGGGAAACUAGUGUGAAGUGCGUGUACCGGUGAAGUGAAGCCAGAAGGAAGUGCUUCCAACUUAAACAUAACCUUACAUAUUCGAAAGAGGCGCGUGUUGCACGGGCAUGCGCAGUCGGGUCAUCGAAAUUAUUAAUAAGUGCUUCAUAAUUUUAUAAACAAACUGUGACAGUGUUGUAGUUUUGUCGUGGUGCGUCGCUAAACAGCAACGCACGAACGUGUCUGCCGAGGGCCCGCCGUCACAAGUCGGUUGACCGAACCGAAUCUUUUUUUUUUCAAAAUUUAAAGUCAAGGAUAACGUUCACCUGUGGGAUUUCGGUGUUUUACCUGCGCGCGCACAGAACUUCUUUACAAAGGUUGGCGCAGCUAUGAUGUCCUGUCCUCUUCCACUGCCGCUGCUGCCGGCACUUCAUCCACAACCUGCAUUAGCAUCAGACUUCCCCAUCCACAUUGGCAUAAAGGACCUGCUAUUAUCCUGAACUGCGCUGGAAGCCAGUAGAAAGAAACUUUGAUAGAAUAGUGUAAAUAAAAUUAAAGUGCCUAAAGUAUAAGUGCGCGUUCGGACGUGGCGUCUUCCUGCGCAAGCGACAGACGGUCGCAUUACGUGAAAUGGUCAAGAGAGGCUCCGACGAGCUUCUUUCGCAGAGUGGCGUCACCGUCAUGGCGCCCGCCGCUCCGCACCACGCCGACAAUAACAACCAGGACUCUGCUGCGAAAAAGGUGAAACUCGAACAGAAUGUUGGCAAACCGUCGCGGGUCAUCCACAUACGGAACAUACCCAAUGAGACGACAGAGGCUGAGAUCAUACAACUCGGCCUACCCUUCGGCAGGGUCACCAAUGUACUCGUGCUUAAAGGCAAAAACCAGGCAUUCCUCGAAAUGGCGGAGGAGAUAUCAGCUGUGGCGAUGGUGGCGUACUUCGGCGGCUGUGUGGCGCAGCUCCGUGGCCGCGCCGUCUACGUCCAGUUCUCUAACCACAAGGAGCUCAAGACCGACCAGACACAUAGCAACGCCGUAAUAUUUUUGCAGUCGGCAUCGGCACAGGCGGCGUUACAAGCCGCUCAGGCCAUUUCCAACAGCGCGGGAGCUGCACUCGUGGCCGGUGCGGGCGCCGCUCUACAGCCCGCGAAUGGAGGCACAGAAAUACAGGGUGGUCCUAACACAGUCCUGCGCGUCAUCAUAGAACACAUGUUAUACCCCAUCGUGCUCGAUGUACUCUACUCCAUUUUCCAGCGGUACGGCAAGGUGCUCAAGAUCGUCACAUUCACUAAAAACAAUUCAUUCCAAGCCCUCAUUCAGUAUCCAGACACGGUAUCGGCGCAAACGGCAAAAACAGCUUUAGACGGGCAGAAUAUUUACAACGGUUGCUGCACACUGCGCAUCGACUACUCGAAGAUGACGUGUCUGAACGUGAAGUAUAACAACGACAAGUCUCGGGACUACACGAACCCGACGCUGCCAUCGGGCGACGGCGACGCGCACCAGCUGUUGACCAGUGAGUUGAUGCCACUGCGGGCACGCCUCGCGCUGGCCCUCGCAUCCAGGAUGAAUGGUAUCUCCGCAGGUGGCGGCGUGCUGGCGCCUCAGUUCCUGGGUCUGGGCUCUGGAUUGGCAUCACCUUACGGCGUCGGCGUCGGCGGCGUGGGGCUGCCGGCCUUCGGAGCUCUCACGCUGACUCCCGCGUCGCCUGCACUCCGCGCCCUCGCCGCGCCGCCGCUGCCGCUCGCCACCGUCUUACUCGUCUCCAAUCUCAACGAGGAGAUGGUCACGCCUGACGCUCUCUUUACCCUUUUCGGCGUGUACGGCGAUGUGCAACGGGUGAAGAUUCUCUACAAUAAGAAGGAUUCAGCUCUCAUUCAGAUGGCCGAACCUCACCAGGCCCAUCUAGCGAUGACCCACAUGGAUAAGCUGCGGGUGUUUGGCAAGGCGAUGCGCGUGAUGCUCAGCAAGCACCAAACGGUGCAGCUGCCUAAAGAGGGACAACCUGAUGCUGGACUUACCAGGGAUUACUCUCAGAGCCCGCUGCAUAGAUUCAAGAAGCCUGGUAGCAAAAACUACCAAAACAUCUACCCACCAAGCGCGACUCUCCACCUGUCUAACAUUCCAGCUACGGUGUCUGAAGAUGAUAUCAAGGAAGCAUUCACCAAGCGAGGAUUCACGAUUAAGGCAUUCAAAUUCUUCCCCAAGGACCGCAAGAUGGCGCUGGUGCAGCUGCCGUCGAUCGACGACGCGGUGGCGGCGCUGAUCAAGAUGCACAACUACCAGCUGUCGGAGUCCAACCACCUGCGAGUGUCCUUCUCCAAGUCCAGCAUCUAAGUCCCGCGGGGAAUAUCACACAAGCGACGCCCGCCGGCGACGCUUACAUCGUACCUCUCACACAAAUCGAGAAUUUCCCUCGACUGAAAUUAAAAUAUAUCUGUAUUACGCUUACACGGAUCACUAGAUAUUAAGUGCUAUUUCUAUUUUCUUAAAAUACGUACGUUUACUGUUACUGUACAUCUAAUCUAAGAUAACUAUCAUCACAGUCAAACGCCGCUUAUAUCUACUGUAUUUUCGAUACGAUUCUAAACGGAACGUAUUCACGUAGAGAGGAAUUAUAUUUUGUGUGAUAUUCAUUCCAUAUUUUGAAUAAGUAUAUCGAUUAUUUUAUUUUUAUAAUAAAGUCGUAAAGUUUCCCGGUGAUUACAAUUUAUUGAUUUUGUUACUGAAUUUAUCAGGAUGGUAUUUGUUGCAAUUAGAUUGCGCUAGUUACGUUUGCGUUGUAUGGCAACCCUCGUUGUCCGCUCGGGGCACAAUGUCAAACAUUGCCCCGCCAGCUCGUCGGCUAUGUACCACCUUACACUUUAUAUCCAUCACAUUAUAGCACAUUGUUGAAUAACUCUUGGUCACAUAUAAUUUGCAGUUAUUAAUCUUAAAUUGUAUUUUAUAAAUAUAUUUUAUUAUUGUCUAUUUUAAUAUGCACAAUUUACUAUUAUUGCAUUUCUUUAUAAGUAAAUAUAGUUUUGUACGCAUACACAUUUUUUUCUUAUUUGAUUACUGAAAUGUUAUGUUUAGAAAUGUGUAUGUGUGUGCAAUAUUAGUUAUAGAAAUAAUUUUAAUAAUAUAUUUUAGAUGUAACCUGGUGUUGCUUCCAGCCUAGUUCCGUUGUUAGGGGAUAUUGUCUGUUCUACUUCACAUAGUUAUUGACGAUUAGUUAGAGUAAUCACAUCUCUUAUGGCUAAGCAUCUAGUUAUAUAUCACUAUUUAAACGUUAUGUUCAGUGACAUAAUAGUGACAUGAUGCAUUUAUUUUGAUGUUAAUUUAUAUUAAUGGUAGCUACAACAUACAUAUAAAUGCUCGUGCAUUCACUAAGUGGUUAAUUUUAGAUAAUUAUUUAUUUGUGAGCGGUGGGAGGUUUGGCCGACUCGCAUAUAUUUUAGAAUAAUUUUCACUAUUGCUACGAUAUUGCCACACUGCAGUUGGCGACGGUCUAUCAAGUAUUAGCCAGAUCUGAUUUUGCUCUACGACAUAUUUAAUCAACAGUAUUUACACUAGGUCACAAUAACUUCAUUAAACAGUAUUUUAGUUAAUGAGCUGUCCCUUCGAUACUUCGUUUUGUAUAUAGACACACUCCCACUUCAAUAUCUCGCACUUCGCUAAGCUCUCGAUUGGAUUUCACACAUCUUUGCCUUCUUAAAUUAAUUAAAAAAUAUGUCUAGUCCAAUGCAAAAGAGAUUAAGUUUGUGAAUUAAGUGAUUACGUUAUCAAAAUCUUAUGAAUUCGUCACAAAUAUUUAAAGUCUGGUAGGAAAGCUUUUGUAAAAAGAUUGUAUAUGGUAACGAAUUAGUAGGGGGAUGCCGCGAGAGCUACAUGUAGGACCAGUUUAAGUGUUCAGUUACACGUCCACUUUAUGUGAUUAGGCAAAGCAUGCGUGAAACAGAUACCUGAUGACGAUUGUACUGGCAUGUUAAUUAAUAUUGUAAGUCACUAAUAUCAAUCAAUGCAUUACAUAUCUCGACGAUGCCACGCUCGGUAUUCAAUUAGGAUAGAAAAGGGAAUGUAUAUUGUAGGAUAAAUAAACGUAACGGUUCGUGCGACAUGUACAUAGAUUGAGUACGGCGGCCAGGUCGAACCACGUUGUUAUACCACGUCAGGCAGUCUUCACUAUUCCAUUACUUUGAACAUAUCCCAUUGUCGAAAAAUAGUCGCAAAAAUAAAAUAAAAAAAUAAACUUUUAUUUUAGAAAACAUUUGUGAAGUUAUAAAAAUCACAUAUUUACACUAUUAUAAAAUGUAUAAUAUAUAUCACGUAACAUACAUAAGAAAUAAAGAUAGAGCUUAGUAAGAUGAUUAAACUGAAAACAUAUUAGAUUGUCACUACGAUGUAAGGUUUAAUAGAAAAAUUUAAUCAUAUUGUAUUAAUCAGUACCUACCUAUAAUAAGAACGUAAAAGUAGUUAUUUGGUUUAGAUAAUGUUAGGUGACCAGGGUGUGGUGAUAUUUUGCACGUUUUUGAAAAUGUUUUUCUAUACGGCGCAGGAUUCUGUGCCUGUGUUUUGAAAUGGUGAGGAGUGGUGGUCGAGUGACGUGAAAGCGGCGGUAAUCGCAUUUGUAAUUUUAAUAAUAAUUGUAUUAUUAUUAUGUAUUUAAAUUAAACAAGAAUCGCAAAGAGGAGAUUACAUAUCCAGUGUAGUCAGCGUAGAACGCUACACACAAGCCGCGGUUCCGUUUCGUUUCGCUCGCGUACUACGCGCGUACUGCAGUUACUCAGUCGCUUGUGCUCAACACAUUCGUAGAAUGGUCGAAUUAUAUAACUGUGUGUGUAGCGUUUUCAGGCCUAAAAUUUUCUCAAUAACAUUGGUAUUGACUAAUAGAUAAUUAUAGGAAUUUAUGUGUUUAGAGAAGUAUUUUAAAUAUCUAGAUUUUAAUGGUAAUAUUAUUAAAAAAUAAUAAAUAGAUCAGUGUUUAGGAUGAGAUGCCAAAUUUAAAGUCAAUACAGAUUAUUUUAGGUAAAAGGUAAUUGAAGUAAUCUUAACAUUUAUUGAAAAGUUGAUGAAAAUGUUACAGUUAAAUUAUAUUUGAGAGUUUUAUUAAGCGCAAUAUAUGCAAUUUUAUUCAUUGUAAGUGAACAUUGUUUCAAUUUGUUAGUUAAAGUUAUGCGUUGAAACAUGAUGUGAAAGUUGUUUUCGAAUGUGUUAUGAUAUCCAUCGUCGCGAUGUGACUAGUUGAAUCGGCGUGGUCUGUCGCCGUCGAACUAUCCUCCGUUAUGUACUUCGUAUGUAUCUCUUGCGUUCCAUACAUAUCUCCGCAUAUCGAACUGAAUAUGCUUAUAUUUUAUUGCGCUUCGUAUUUAUCUCUACUACAUACAUAUAUUAGCUGUAUUUAGUAACUCAUAACGAUGUGGAUAAAGGCCAACAUAUCAGUAAAUAGACCUUGGCUAAGGCGCAUAUAUAAUACUGUCAUGCUCCUCGAUACUUUGCUUCGAUGUUGUCUAUCUUUCGUAAGUCGACAAGUCGUCGUCUAUUUCUUAUUUUAAUUUUAAGCCUUUUGUGUGGUUAAUUUCACUCUUUAUUUUUAAUUUCAUAAUUAAACUAUUAUUAUCAUUGAUACUUUUUGUUCUUUAUUUUCAAUCCUUUCCCUUUCUACCUGAAUCCCUUUUUAUUAUUUCAAUUUCCAUACCAAUUGUCUACGAUAGGACAGCGGUGCGGAGUCACAGACACGUUUCGUUCACCCACACUGCCUUCAUUGCGUUUGUUGUUCAUCAAUGUCUGUGGUUUAUUUCAUCCCUUUAUUUCAGACCACCUGAACAAGUUUCAAGAAACUAUUUGUAAAUAAAACUUAUAAAUGUUAAAGGGGAUCAAUAUAAUGAGAUGAUGUACAUUAGUACACAAUUGGUAUUCUAGACAUAUUCGUACUUAUAGAACUUAAUUAUUACUAUCCUGGCGAAAUCUACACUCGACUACAUUUUAAAGUAUAUCUAUUACGCUUUGGUAUAUUUAUAUAACUUGUGAAUAAAAUCUCUACCUUUUUUCAACGGAGUCAUCUGACUUGAGAAAAAUAUUUAGGCGAAAUAAAACACGUUGUUUAGUUGAAUUGUAAAGGGAGUAAGGGACUUAAAAUAUUGCCAAUGAUAAUUAUGUUUUAUAUAAUAUUAUCAAGUGGAAUAUUGUAUUUCGCACAGGGUAUAAUGUGAAUUAAAAUUAUAGCGCUGCCCGUGGCAUUUGAUCGCCCGAGGCGGUUAUUUUGUGUCCGUGCCACGUCCCUUAUUCCUACUGUGUGGAAAGAACUGAACCAUUCCGUAAUGAAACGUUGAAUUAGCGAAAUUAUUGUGUGCCUGCCACUUGAUUUCAUACGAGAGCUUCAUAAUAUGACCCGACCUAAUGCCCCCAGUUAUACCAGGCACGAGACAUCGUGCUGAACGUUUAGAUUUGUUGUCCCGAGAGCCCCUGUGCGUCAAAGUGGCAGGUACACCCAUGUUAGAUUAAUCUGAAAUUGUAAAUAUUAUACACGACUAUGUUAAUAAUUACAAAUUAAAUUAAUAGGAUCUAUAGUAAAGAUUAAAGUUUACAGUAAAGAUUAACAUAAUCAUUACUUUAAGAUUUACUAGUUAAAUAUCCUAUCUUAAUUUCAGUAGUCGCUCUAGUUAAUUAUAUACCUACCUAACUUAUCGAAAACCCUUCUUAGGAAGUAUUACUGUUACUAUCUUCCUUGGUUUCUUCUUGUUUUAAUAAUGUUUUAGUUGUUUCAUUAAAAGAAUUAAAUAAAGGUGUGCAAAUUAAAGGGUUGUGUGUAAAGUUAAAAUAGUUAAAUAGAUGUAAACAAUCGUUCGAGUAACGUUUAUCUCAUCAGUUUCUUGGGAAGCGCAUCUAAUUUUGUUCACUAUCUUAGUAAUAUUGCUGAAACAAUUUGAACAUGUCAAUAUUAAUUAUUAGUCUUAAUUCAAUAUGCCAAAGACCAAUCGUUGGGAAAAAUAACAGGGAUAUAAUAAUAUUUUUCCUUUCAACUUAACUAAUGUUUUAUCUCUAAUACCUAAAUCACGUUUAAAAUCAAAAUGGCAAGCUUUAACGAGCUAUAUUUCAAGAUAAAACAUAUUUUGAUGAUUGUUUGUGAAAAUUUAUUUUAUUAAACGCGCCAGGUUCGCCUAAGAAACCGCGCGCUCACUAAACUACAUUGUGUAAUACAGUUAUAUGAAUUAUAAAUAUAUACAACAAUAUUAAUAUCUAAGUGACUACCCUAUUGAAUUCUAGAUUUAUUCUUUGUGAUUUUAUAAUAAAAUAUAGUUGAAAAUGGAAAAA